GGGGGGAAUCUAAUGCGUACCUAAUUAUAAUAGGAAAUGUAAACGCUAUUGUAUAGCUGUAAAAUUCAGAGUUUUGUCUAAACAUACCAUACAGUCCACUGACAUUCUGGUCACAGACGCAGAACAACAAUUUCAGGCCGAUGGGGAGGGGCUUGGAUUUAGAACUUUUCCAUGAGUAAUUGUCGCCGUCAUAGGUGUUUUAAAAACAGUCAAUGUUUACGUCACUAUGUUUAUACAUGUACAAAGUGUGAUCUGUAUGAAUGAGAGGGUCGGCCUAGCUUUAUUGUGUGUACAUGACUAUCGCUUAAUCACUAGGUUAUGAAAACGACUAGGAAAGAAAUCAUAAUUUUCAAAGCGCCCGCAGAAGACGAGGAUAAAAAUGGAGAAGAUGCUUACAAGGUCACCUUGGAGGAAGCCGGUAUCACAGCACAUAUUGUUCCAGUGUUAACGUUUGAAUUCUUUGAUUUGGAUAGAUUGCGUACAAAACUGCAAUGUCCGGAAGAAUACUCAGGGUUGAUAUUUACAAGUCCUCGUACGGUUAAAGCAGUUGCUCUCUCUCUGGAAGGGAAGACACCAUCACAUUUUGGAUGGAGAAAUGCAUAUGUCGUAGGUGAAACUACUCGUAAUGUUCUACAGAGAGAACUGACAAUGGAAGGCAAGGGAAGCAACACUGGACAUGCUGUUGCUCUUGCUGAAUUUAUUCUUUCAGAAAUGCAGGGGACAGAGGGCAACCACCUGCCACUGCUCUACCCCUGUGGAACACUAUCAGUAGAACCUGGAGGUGAUCGCCUAAGUGGUGCGUUAGCAGUUGGUGGCAUCCAUUUGGAUCCUGUGCCAUCAUAUCGCACUUGUCCGCAUCCUGACAUUGAACAAAAUUUGAGAGCUAUAACAAAAAAAGGACUACCAGAAAUGGUUGCCUUUUUUAGCCCAUCUGGAGUUCGUUUUGCGGUACCUGUGUUUCGGAAACUGGGGAUUGAUUUGGCUGCACUCAAGAUUGUGGCAAUUGGGCCCACUACGGAGGCCUCUCUGAAGACUGCAGGUUUAACUGUGUGGACAACGGCAGAAAAACCAACACCUCAGCACCUAACCAAAGCAAUCAUAGAACAUUUAUAACUUGUUGCUCUAAUGUGAUAUUAUUAUUAGUCAAUUUUUUUAUCGUUUUACCGCUCAUCCAAUUUCAGUAUGUUGCUGAUGUUAAUAUAUUAUUGCAGAAAUUCGUGUUAAUUAUUUUUGUCUUCAGUUCAUGGGAGAAAGCAUUCUUAUGUCAUUUUUUAAAUGAGUAUACAAUAAAGAACUUGAGAGCUGUUUUAA